AUGCGCCCCCCGCUCCGGAUCGCCAUCCUUGAAUGCGACACUCCAAUAGAAAGCGUGGACAAACGGUAUAAUGGCUACUACGGCUUAUUUUCUCAACUUUUCCGCGAAUGCGCCAAGUCCCUGGGAUUAGAUCCCGAGGCUGGCCUUGACAUUACUCGAUGGGAUGUCGUGCAUGCGCAAGAGUACCCCAAAUUGGAGGAUGUUGAUGCAAUCGUGCAGACUGGAUCUAAACAUGACUCCUUUGAAAACGACCCUUGGAUCCUCAAAUUAGUCGAAUACACCCAGAAAGCCCUCCAAGACAACCGCGUCAAACUCCUCGGCAUCUGCUUCGGACACCAGAUCAUCGGCCGCGCACUCGGCGUCAAAGUCGGCCGCAGCGAUGCCGGCUGGGAGCUUGCAGUCUGCGACAUGGACCUGACAGAUCAGGGGAAGAAACUCUUCGGAAAGGAUAAACUGCGCAUCCACCAAAUGCACCGAGACAUCGUCUACAGCUGUCCCCCGAACGUGAUCCCCCUGGGAUCCUCGCCCAAGUGCGCCCUACAGGGCAUGUACCUGCCGGGCAAGUUAAUAACAGUUCAGGGUCAUCCGGAAUACAACGGGUUCAUCGUUACCGAGAUUGUCAACAAGCGGACCCGGGAUGGCGCUUUCUCGAAAGAGCAGAGUGAGGAUGCACUGGCUAGAACGGAGCUGGCGCAUGAUGGGUUCGAUAUUUUGGUUAUUUUCUUACAGUUCUUGCUCGGGGAGAUUGAAUAG